UUUGCAAAGCAGACUACCCAGUUCGUGUGUUGGAGAUUUGGACGAGAUGAGAUGCUUUCCAAUCCAUGCAGACAAGUGAUCAAGAAACGUUGGUUGCAUUAUAAUUUGAUACCAAUGUGUAGAUGUUAACAACGGACAUGAUGGAGAAAGGAAUGGCACUGUGCCUUUUACUGUUGGUUCUGGUGCAUGAAGCUGUGGGCCAGAGAAGGAAAAAGUUGGGGAAAAAAAACUACAACAGCCUACUCAAGGAUAAAGGAAAUGAUCAGACAUGCUGCAUGGACGUGGCCUUCCUCUUUGACAGUUCAGAGAAUGCCAAAGACUUCCUGUUUGAGAAGCAAAAGUCCUUUGUGAUCAAUUUCAGCACCCGCCUUGCCAAGAUGGAGGUUUCAGGCUGGACGCUAAAAGUGCGAAUGGCCGCCCUCCAGUACAGCAGCUCUGUGACGAUCGAACACCGUUUCUCCACCUGGCAGGACUUAGAUGAAUUCCAAAGGAGUGUUAUCUCCAUGACUUACAUCGGCCACGGCACCUACUCCACUUACGCUAUCAGCAAUGCCACUCAGCUGUUCGCCCGGGAAACUACAAAGGAUUGCGUCAGAGCUGCUGUGCUGAUGAGUGACGGAGCAGACCACCCCCGGAACCCUGAUGGUGUCAGAGCUGCAGAGGAGGCUAAAGGCCGUGGUGUCCUUCUUUUUGCAGUUGGAUUGUCAGACCUGGCCUACCAGAGCCAGAACAGUGUGAAGCUCCGGGCUCUUGCCAGUCAGCCAACUCAGCGGUUUGUCCAUAGUCUCACUGACCCAGAGCUUGAGUAUAAGUUACUCACAGAAAUGGUUGAUGUAACGCUUGAAGGGUGUCCAAAGCCCAAAGUAUGUUUGUGUGAAAGAGGGGAACAAGGUCCUCCUGGGAACCCAGGUAAAAAGGGAGACCUGGGAUACGCAGGACCACUGGGUCCAAAGGGAUCAAGGGGAGACCCUGGAGUAAGUGGCUACCCUGGAAGUGAAGGUCCUGAGGGUAAACAAGGAUUCAAAGGGGAUAAGGGGAUGAGAGGAGACUGUGGCACCCAGGGAGAAAAUGGCGAUGUUGGCCCUGAGGGACCUAUAGGACUGCAAGGACCGGGAGGAGAGCAGGGUGCCAGUGGACCCCCUGGAGACCCAGGUCCUGAGGGUCAGUUGGGACCUAAAGGGGACAGAGGAGCAGCUGGUGCUUCCGGGCCCCGUGGAGAUAUAGGCAUUGGAUUCCCUGGUUCAAAGGGUGACAAGGGAAACCAGGGCAGAACAGGGCCUACAGGACCUACUGGAAUAGGAGACCCAGGACAGCCAGGUCCCCCAGGACCACUUGGUGCACCAGGGAUCCAAGGACCACCUGGGGAAGGGCUUAUUGGAGCAAAGGGUGAUCCAGGCUACGACGGCCCCAGGGGCAGCCGAGGUCUUACCGGUUUUGGGGUCAAGGGUGGCAAGGGAAGUCAUGGUGAGCCUGGCAUGCCAGGGCCAGAUGGGGCCCCAGGGGAAGGGAUCCAAGGAGAGAAGGGUAACCAAGGACCAGUGGGACCCGUAGGCCCCAGAGGGUCUCCAGGAGUGGGACUCAUGGGUCCAAAGGGAAACGAAGGAUUCUCUGGUGAGCCAGGAAUCCCUGGUGAGAGAGGUAUAGGAGAACCAGGACCCAAAGGCGACCCAGGCUCUGAGGGCUUACCUGGUAUUCCAGGUCUCUCUGGAGAGGAUGGUAUCCCUGGACAAAAGGGUGACAUGGGAAUACAGGGACCCAGGGGACAAGAUGGUGUACCUGGAAAAGGUGUCCCAGGGGAAAAAGGCAACAGAGGAGACAGGGGCUCCAGGGGCCCAGGAGGUGCUGUAGGGCCUGUGGGGCCUAUAGGACCAAAGGGAGAUCCGGGAAAUGCUGGACCACCAGGUCUCAGUGGACCACCUGGACGAGGAAUGCCUGGUGCCAAGGGUGAUGCAGGUCCAGCUGGUCUACCGGGACCAGUAGGGGAAUCAGGAAUAGGAAUAGCAGGUCCUAAGGGAGAGAGAGGGUUACCAGGAUCCAGUGGUCCAGCUGGACUUAAAGGAGAGGGCUACCCUGGUCCUGCAGGACCUCCAGGGCUGCCAGGACUAACAGGAGAGGUUGGCCCAGAAGGAAAAGGCUUACCUGGACCCAAGGGAGAUCGGGGUUUACCAGGCUCCAGUGGACCAGCUGGAAAACCAGGCAUUGGCUUUAUUGGUCCCAAGGGUUCAAUGGGUCAGACAGGAGCCCCUGGUCCUGUGGGGAUACCUGGAGAGGGUAUUCAGGGACAAAAGGGUGAAUCAGGAUUUCAGGGGAUUCCUGGCCCCAGAGGCCCCCCAGGGCAGGGUCUCCAAGGAGAAAAGGGAGACCGUGGGAUCAGAGGUGAACAGGGCAGAAAGGGGGAGAGAGGAGGGACAGGGGAGCCCGGAGCCAUCGGACAGCUGGGUAAACUGGGACAAAAAGGAGAAGCUGGCCUUACAAGAGAGGAAGUCAUCAAAAUCAUCAAAUCAAUAUGUGGCUGCGGAACAAAGUGUCGUGAGAACCCUCUAGAGCUGGUCUUUGUGAUCGACGGCUCAGAAAGUGUUGGGCCCGAAAACUUCAAGGUGGUCAAGGAGUUUGUCAACGCCCUUGUUGAUAAUGCCUCCGUGAACCGCGAGACCACGCGUGUUGGAGUGGUCCUCUACAGCCACAUUAACAUGGUGGUUGUCGGCCUGAACCAGCUGUCCACCCGCGACCAGAUCAAGACUGCCAUCCGCUCCAUGACCUACCUAGGGGAAGGAACCUUUACAGGCAGCGCUAUUCAGACGGCCAAUCAAGUGUUCCAGGAAGCCCGCGUCGGAGUGAGAAAGAUGGCCAUCGUCAUCACGGACGGCCAGGCAGACGAAAGGGACUCUGUAAAGCUGGACGAGGCAGUGAAGGAGGCCCAUGACAGUAACAUUGAGAUGUUUGUGAUUGGUGUCGUUGACGAAAGUGACCCAAUGAACAUGGAGUUCAUGGAGGAUGUUCUUCUAAUGGCCUCUGACCCGAACAUGGAACAUAUCUACUUGAUCAAAGACUUUAGCAAACUACCUGCCUUGGAAAGCACCCUGCUUAACCAUAUCUGUGAAAGAGAGGAGGAAGAGGCUUUGUUAAGUUCCAGACUUUCUCCUGGAACCCCAUUUGUGAACGUCAUGGAAACCCCAAACAGGACGAAGACUGAUAUGCCCAUCGCCACUGGAGACUUCAGAAACACACAGAUGGAGCCAGGCCUACCAGGACCAGGCCUAGUAGAUCAAGUCUUCAUCCCACAAGGACCCAAACCAGGGGACAGAGACACCUCGGAAUUAUACAGGGUUCCCUUGUUCGACAGAGAACCUUAUAAGCCCCGUACAGAAUUAAUCCUCCCAUCUGAAGUGAAAAGACCCACCCACAGCAUAGCAGAGAUUGCACCUCAGACCUCUACACCAAGAACCUUCAUCACGGAGAGCAAACCAUCCCCUUCGACAGCCCCAUUCUUCUCAAGGGACUCUUUUAUGCAAGAUGCGAGAUGCAGUCAGACUCUAGACCCUGGGCCAUGUCGGGAAUACGUUGUGAAAUGGUACUAUGACUCCAUAGCAAAUGGCUGUGCCCAAUUUUGGUUUGGCGGCUGUCAAGGAAACAAGAACCAGUUUGAGACAGAGAAGAGCUGCAGAAAAGCUUGUGUCCAGGUCUAACACACUGGUUAACUAGAUUUUACGGUGUUUGAAUGCAUUUACCGAUUUAAACUAUUUAAGGGGUACAGUAGCAUUUCAACAUGUAGUAAAUGUGAGAAUACAAAAAUGUGGUGUAGGGGCAGCACCUCACUGAAAAUCCAAUUAUUAUUUUUUUAAACAAUGCUAGUCUUACAUGUUUUGUUAUAUUACGGAUGUCUUGAAACAUUUUAGGUAAUGGUCCUUGCCAUAAAAAAGUACCAUGUCAGCAUGCAACUUCUAUCAUUAAAUAUACAUGAACUGUUACAACUUAGAAUCUACUACCAUUCAUAACACACUAUUUUGCAUAAAGAAAACCAGUGUCUGUGGACCCAACAGCGUAUAAAUCUAUUUUGUGUCAAGAAGUUGAUAAGGAGGAAUCAUCUUCUCCAGGACACGUAACUGAAUGACUCAUUUCUAUAAGAAAUGUAAUUAGGCACUCUCUCUUCACUUGAAAUCCCUCUUUGUGACACCAAGACAGUAGCAUUACAAAUAAUUGACGGGAUAAUUAUCAUGAGAAAAUACAGUAUCUUCCUUUUUCCCCGCUCUUUAACAGAGUGAAUCCUUGAACUGAAAUUAUGGUGGG